GCACCAGGGAGGGAGUUUGAUGUUGCUCAUACUCAGCAUCAUUUUAGGGAUUGCAUGUGGUGACUCCACAAAACCCUCGUCACCCAAGACCAUCAUCAGACAGAGUGAAAAGAGCUCCAGGAGUGAGGAUGAAUUUGAGAGGAACAUCAAAGUGUUGAUUGAGAACAUCAGAUCCUUGUCAAAAGAAGAACAGAGAGAAGAGGCCUCACCAAAUCUCCAUCAGAGAAUGAGCAGAAUGUCAGCACCCCUUGAGAGAAUGGCAAUUGACAGCACUAGCCUAGAUACUUACUUGACAAUAUUCAACAGUUUAUUCUCUAUAUACCAGCCCGCGCUGAUUGACAGUUUCAUUGAAACUCUUCCUCAGGCUUUAAUUUGCAUUUUGGCGGACAGACAGCCCUGUGGAUGGCAAGCAGAUUUAACCAGUACCGUUUCAUCUGCAUUGAAUGAACAAGUACUUUCUGUGAUCUCCUCUGUUAAAGCUGAAGCUUGCAUGUCAACAUCUAAUAUGCGAAUGGCAGACCCCACCAUGGCUCAAUUAAACUCUCUUCAGGAGAUGUUGACAAAUGUUUUGUCCUCAGACUUCCCACUUUAUCUGCUAUCGGACAACGUUUUAGCCUUAUGGAAUAGUUUUAUGGACAUGGCAUUUCCACCUGUGAUGUCAUUCAUGUCUGAUAUCAUGUUGAGUGCACUUCAAACUCCAAUGGAUUUUCUAAAACUUGGAUUACAGUUUGGCAUUGAGAUCCCUACCCUAGACCAGAGUGAGAUGUGUCAACAAGGUGACCUCAAGCAGCUUAUCAUGUGGGGCAUGAAUCAUAAUGUGAGCUGGUCUUUUGGACAGUCACUUCUGGAUAUGUUUUUGGCUCCUGAAACUCCUUGCAGUUUCCCAAGUCCAGAAUGUCAGGCCACAAACAGCAUCCAGUUCGGUCGUACUGGCACAUCCUUAGUGGACAUUCCCCCGUCUAUUCUCACCUGCGAACAACAAAACCUGAACCAACUCAAUGAAACCCUUUGUGCAGCAAUUUUAGGAGCAACAUCUAAGGAAUCGUAUGUCCUUUAUCAGAUGUGUCAAGCACUCAGCACACUCUCUCAAACCGAAGUGACAAAAGUAUGGAGGAACAUGUGUCACAUGGUCAAGAAUGGCAUCUUACCUCUUAUUGAGCCCUGCAGUGAUCCUGGCACCGCACAAUCAAGUCGUAGUGCACGGUCCACUCUCAGCCUCAGCGAACUCCUCUGCGACUACCAGAACUGGACUAUUGAUGGUGCUACAGACCCAGCUUUGGUCUCAAUGUGCAGUGAAAAUGAUCGUGCGGCGUUCAUCCUUGCUGUGUGUAACAACGCUGAAGUUAUGCAAGUGUUGGUCAGAAAUCCUAAUAAUGCUUGGGUUUGGGAAUUCUGUGCAAACACAUCAGACUCAUACAUAGUGAACCUGUAUUGCUCAUAUAACAUAUGGACUGCUGAAACCAUCGACCCAUCAAUAGUGACGUUCUGCUGGUAUAAUGACAUGGAGAGAUUUCAGUUUUUUUUGUGUGACAGUAUGGCCUUCUUUAUGGUUGUGUUCUCCAGUGAUGAAAACAACUGGCUGAAGCCCAAUUGCUCUGAACCUCCUCCACAAAUUGACAUUAACACCCUUGUGGAUGAGUCUUGCAAAUACUCUGAAUGGAAGAACGUGCGAGCAAUCAGCCCUGAACAAAUCUCUAUAUGUAUCCAAAAUGAUGAGGUUCGGUUCAUUAAUGAGGUGUGUGUUGACCACAAGUUCGUCACUCUACUUGUGCAGAACAGCGCAAAUGCUUGGGUAGAGCAAUAUUGCUACUACUCUAUCAGGAAUCCGCCUACUAGCCCACCGCUGCUGAGCAUUGAAGUUUGGUGUAACUAUAGCAAAUGGACUAACAUGUCUGUGGAUCCGUCUGUGGUCGCUCUAUGCUGGCAGUACGACCAGAUUGGCUUCCGUCAGAACGUCUGCUGCAACAUACCCUUGUAUGACAAAUUGUCCCUUCAUGCUGACAACCAGUGGCUGAUUAGAGAGUGCUCUAAUAAUGACACCACAAGUGUGUUGGAGCAGGUUUGCGUCUAUUCAGAUUGGAGCCAGCCUACUAUUGUAGACAUGACUGACAUUGCUCUCUGUGCAGAUCUUGACACUGAGAACUUCACUCGGAAUGUAUGUGCCAAUGUUACAGUUUUCCAGAAUUUGCUGGCCAAUUUAGACAACACCUGGUUAUUGGAGCAAUGCUCAAACCUGACUGCUCUUGGCCGACCAGCUGAGCAGUGUCAGUACUCCAGUUGGGCUUUGGUGCUCCCGGACGCUGCUCUCCUCACUCUUUGCUGGGACUAUGACCAGGCCAACUUUAUCUCCUUCGUCUGUGCUGACUCUUCCAUGCUGACCCACAUCACUCAGGAGGCCUCCAGCCUCUGGGUUGGCACUCUCUGUGCCACAUACACAGCUCCCCAAACCACCACCGUCAGUGGGAGCAAUGAAACAACUCCCCAGCCAUGUUUAACUAUGGAGUUAGCUAAAAGGCUAAACUGGACAUGCAGCACAGACUUCAGCGCUGCCUGCCAACCAGGUGCCAGUCAAGUCCAGGGUCUUCGGGUGCUGUUGCGCUGUGGGAUAAAGAUCCUCCAACCUCGCUUGGAGAAUCUCAUGACUACACAGGUGGCAUCGGUGGUCAAGCAGGCCACCAGCCUGUGGGUUGUCCUGCUGUUGGCUCUAGAAGAAAGCCAAAUGACCUCUCUAAGGAUGACAGAGAAUAUUCGGCUUAGUGUGUUGGACUCAGUUGUCGCCUACAUGGACAAUGAAACCAACUUUGACAACAAGCGUGUGCUUUUGCAGUGCUUUGGGAAAGUUCUGACCAGUCUGAUGCAAACAGGAAGAAAUGUGCCCACUAACUUUUUCUUGAUCAAGGAGUAUUUCCGUAUUCCUCUAUCUCAUCUGAGAUCAGUGCUCAGUGCAGCAGACAGCAUAAUCGUGAGGGAGAUUCUGCUGUACUAUAACAGGAACUAUGCCACUUUGCAGCUAACAGAUGAUUACCUGCACACCAUGGUGUCUGUGCUCUUCCAAAUACACCUGCCCAAGGAUAUUAGCCUGUUUUCUGACAUGGGUCUUUUGUUGGCUCUAGCUACACCUUCAGACAUCUUGUCAAUGCCGCUACAAAAUAAUAUCAAUGCGUUAAGCAUAAUUAACGUCAGCAUCAAAAACCUUUCCCUGGAGCAGCAGCAAGCAUUUGGUCGAUGGUGUAGUCAGUCCAUGAGCUUGCCUAACAUGACAGCCGGCAAUUUAUCCGUUAUCAGAGACAUUGGUAACCUGAUCGCCUAUCUGCCCUUCCAGAGCUUCCAGUACCUCUCACCUGCUCAGCUGCUGAAUGGUUUGGAUGUCCUGAUGAGUAAUACGUUGAGUCCACUUAAGCAGCAGUUCAUUGCUCAGAGUCUUAUUGGUACCUUCCGGAAUCUCACUGUUGAUGAGUUCAGGAGGUUAGGUAAUCUGUCCUGUCUGGCUCACCCCAGCCAGCUGAUGGCAUAUGCAGGAACGGAAGCCUUCUCUGUGAUCCAGGACAACAUUAGGACAUGUGCAAUUCAGGGUUUUAGUGUUCCUAGCAAUAUGAUAUCCAGCUUGGUCUUGAAAUCGUCUGACCUGCAGUCUCCCUCCAGUCUCACUCCUCAGAGAGUCUCUGAGCUUGGCCCUUUUCUGCCCCUGCUGGGAUCCAGUGUCCUGCAGCAGCUGACCUCAGCCCAGCUCUUGCCUGCUCUCAGCACCCUCGCCUCUGUGCCUUUCACCCCUGCACAGGCACGUGUUAUCAUCGACAAGAUCUCAGCCAAUUUUAGUUUGGCUCUACCUGGCUCUGAGCAUUUGUCUAUGCUGGGAUCUCUUGUGAGUGGAGUAAAGAUGGAGACUCUAUGGACUUUACCAACUGAUGUUCUGCUAGAAGCGUUACCUGCUAUGAGCCUUCAGACACCUGGGCUCACCCCUCCACAGGUCAGCACUAUCAUCUCCAAACUCUGGGGUUCUAGUUCUGUGUCCCAGUGGAUGGAUAAAGUCAAACCUUUGCUCUCUAGCACUCCACUCCUCAGUGUGAUUCCCCAAGUCCCUCUGCUGCUGAUCAGAGACACUGCUGUACACACUCGCCUCUGGAACACACAGCAGGCUAAAGUUCUCUUUAAAGAGGCUGUCGUCUCUCACCCAAGCCUCUCACUACAAGAAUUUCUAUCUCUGGGGACUCUGGCUACGGGAGUGAGUUGCACAGACCUUAGAAGAUUGUUCCAGAAACUGGCAUCUCUAUCUCCUCUACGUGACAUUAUGACAUUUCUGAGAGAGCAGCCUGUGCCACUCCACCCGUCACUGAAAAAGUGUGUAUUUGAGGAACUGUAUAGGUUUGACUUCUUCUCAGAGUUACUUGGAGAUUUGGGUUCUCAGAUUGCUCUGUCACUUCCGCUGAGCACCAUUAAGAAAUUUCCACCAGAUAAGAUGCAUUCCCUGAAGAAAAUUAUAAUACAGGACCCAUAUUACUUCCUACUGCUUCCCAGCACCAAACAAGCUGUCCUGGUGGACAAGAUGGUUCAAAGACUGGAUAUGUACACUGGCCUGUACACUGAAGAGGAGUUUCGUUCGCUAGGCGUCAUGGCUACAUUUGUGACAGAUGAAAUGUUUUUUAAAUUGGAUAGGAGCUUUUUUGUUGAUAGUCUGGAGUUCCUACAAGGAUUCUGCUACAAUGCCAAUAAAAGAGACCAGGUGGCAAAGAUGCUAGAGGAACAGUGGACAUUUGGCCCUGUAAAAAAAUGGACAUCAGAGACUCUGAACCAAGUGGACCGCUUCUUGUUUUUUCUUCCGAAGGACACUAUUCAGCUCAUCCCCUUAGGUUUGAUGAGCUUAGAGCGCAUUGAGAGGCUGUUCCUGAGUCAGCAGGAGUGGGAGAGAGGAGAGUUUGGCUCUCUGUGUCAGAAACCCUCAGAGCUGUUUGAAAAGCAGCAGUUUGUGCUUCAAUUCUUCCUCGGCUUCCUCAGAAUUGGACGUGCCCCUUAUACUGGACUGAUCCCCUCUUGUGAGAGCCUGCAUGGGACACAACCUGCUGCCUGGACUAUUGACAGCCUUAGAAACAUGCCACAAGCUGCAUUUCGGAGGUGCUUGGAGCUCAUUGGCCAGGAUCCGUUUUUCAGGGCAUACGAGCUGUUAACGCUCCUUACAAAGACCAAAGAGGUGUAUGGGAUGCCUUCCUCUUUUAACUCUUCUGUGAUCUCUCAGUUGGGUCGCAUUGCCACUCAACUCACACUUGAAGAAUUGGCCUCUCUUAGACUCUCUGAAAUUCAGUCAAUUUCAGCUAUGGGGGCUCUCAACACAUGGACCAGCAGACAGCUGAAAUUACUAUUCUCCACCGUUCUGAACUCAACCAGAAAGACGCCUAGCCAGUUAGACUCCAGCACUUUUGUGGCAUUGGGGCACAUUGUGUGUGGCAUUGAUGCACCAAUCAUGCGCAACCUGAAUCCAGUGGAGUUCAGUAAAGCAGUUUUGUGGCUUGGCCGUUUGAAUUUGUCUUGCUCUGAGGAGCAGCUGCAGGCAUUGACAGGGCUGCUCAGUCAUAGCUUGGCAUUUGGACAGGUCAGCUUCUGGGGAUCAGAGGUCUUCAUUGAGAUCGGAGCGAUUGCAGCGGGACUACCUGACAUAGCCAUGUCUGCUUUGGUGAGGGAACAAAUUGAAGGAAUCACACCACUUGCCAUCUCUCUCAUCCCAGCGGGCAAAUUUGCAGUAGUGUUUAACCAGGCACAGAUUCGUAUGUUCACCUAUGAUCAGGCCGUUGCUGUGACUGAGGCCCAGCGCUCCGCUCUGUCUACAGUACAGCAGACGGCCCUGUCCAUGGUGCUCAACCCCUGGGAGGACAAACCUGUUGAUUUCAGAGGCAUGUCACUGGGAGUUGCAAUGCACCCCAGUCCUUUUUUCUACCUCUCCAGCGUCCUGAUAAUGCUGCUGUUUUCUCUGGGAUGAGUUAGGUCUGUUGCUGCUCAAUUGCUGCUAUACUGAAUCGAACUUUUCUUUCCAAAUAUGUGCAAUGUGAUGUAACUGUAUUACUUUAUUUAUAAGACUUAUGAGAAAUACAAGAACAAUAACUAUUUCUAUAAUAACUAUAAAUAUUUC